CUUUUUGGAUUUCCUUGGGAACAAAAUUACUAUUUUCUCUAGAAUUACACAAACUAUUUUCUUGAAAUUUCAUUAUUGGGUGCAGUGAAACUAUAUAUAUCUUUUGCCACCAGUUUUGAUAAGUGGCGUGCAUUGAAAUUCUUUUGUGCAUCAUCAAAACCUGUUGUUUUCAUCAUCUGUUUACAAUUGUUCUUGUUUAUUGACCUCUCAACCAAGGGCCACAUCGUCAUAACCAGAUAUACGAAGCCAGAACGACCUGUGCAUUGUCACUGUGGUUCUCGUGACUCGUGACUCACAAUUGCUUAACUGUAAAACAAAUCAUAUCUUGUCAAGUCUUCGAACAGAGCACACCACUCACCAGACUAUCAGACCAACCACAAUUAACAGGAGACUACGUCACUGUGACUGUCACUGAACGUCAUAUUCUAAAAAAAAACGAAACAUGGGAAAUGACCAAUCAAGGAGCAACUCUUCUAAUACUAGUCCAUCCCACUCCCAGAACCAAAAAGGCAGAUCGCCCUACCCACAGCAGCAACAGGCAAGGGGCUACCCAGCCCAGCAGCCAAUGCAGCAACAAGGAGGUUACCCAGGACAGCCCUACCAACAGGCACCCUACCCCGGACAGGCGCCUUAUCAAGGACAGGCUGGUCCAGCCUUCCCAAAUGAACCACCACCGCCAUAUUCACAGGGACAAGGCAACUACCAACCCCAAUACCAAUACCGACCACCAGCGCCAAACCAGACUGUUGUAGUUCAGGGUGGAUUUGAUGCUGGUGCCAGGUUCGGACCUGGACAAUCUACUAAUAUUCCUCCACCACCACCAGGGUGCAUGCCAAAUGCUGCGCAGAUGGCGACAGCUCAAGGCCAGAAUGUCGUCGUUACCCAGCGUCCUGGCGACUUUUGGACAGGUGGAUCUGAUGGCGGUUACACGAUCUGGUAAUGGAGACGAAAUCGUUUGAAUAUUUUUACGGAGCACAGCAACUUGAUCACAAGCAAGCUUCAUUUCGACAUUAGGAGUUGAUCUUUAUGAUUUUAAAAGGGGCAUAUGGGAUGUCUCAGUUUUAGAAAGAGAUAAACGACAUGUAGAAAAUGAUUAUCUUUAGUAGCUCUGAUUAGCUGUGAAUGAAUUUUAGCAGUGAAGAAGUUUUGCUGCUGUGAACGACCUUGUGGGUUACAAUGACCCCUUUGCACAAAAUUCCACCCAAGUGAUCUUAUUCAUGUCUAGUGUAACUUAACUUGUACAUUUAUAGUGUUUCACGUGGGCCUAUUACACCCGAAACAAACAAUAUAAUGACUGAAAUUACUCCUCUAGGGUCAAUUAAUAUGAAAUUUUAGUCGAAUCUCACUAUCUGUACUCCAUUGAUAUUCAUUUUGAUGCAAUCUGACUCUGACAUAAGUACAAAUGUCAAGCAAGGCAGUCUCUUACUCUGAUGGAUGAUCAUCACCAGCAUCUGACUGGCAGGAACAAAAUUUCAUUGGUUGGUUGCUAGUGACCAAACGCUCGGCUUCAACUCUUGAAAAUCUGUCACUUAGAACUCUGGGAUUGUAAAUAUUGUGCUCCUUAUUUAAGACACGUUUCAUUUCCUCAACUAACGAAAAAAGUUAUAGAGGUUUCAGAAUGGAUUUUGAUGGGUAUAAUUGUUGUAUCAUUGUACAUACUUUGUAGAUAGUCUUUCACAUAGUUGCCUAUCCAGAUAAACGUAUUAUCCAGAUUCUUCAUAAUCUUAUACCUAAAUUCUAAUAUGCAUGAAAUCAAUUAGGCAGAUUGUGGUUUGUUCUGACACGGACUAACUCCUUUGUUUGACGUCCGUCCAUGGAAAAUGUACACCAUGACAUAGAGAAUUUCAACUUCUUUGUAAAUUGUCUGACUAUGCACUAUAUUUCAAAUCAGCUAUUUCUUGGUGUCUUUUAGUGCUAUCUUCAAGUUACCUGUGAAAGAGUGCCUACCCCGUGUUCUCCACAAUGCCCUUCGUCCAGGCCCACCACUUAAAAUUGUUGACACUUUAGCACCCUAAAAGUUUGCAAAACACUGGGUAGGUAAUGGUUUUCUUUCAGAACACUUUGACAGACUUUGCUGCCAGCUUGGGAAAAACUGAAAUGGAAUCUAAAUUGUGUUAAAAACAUGGCUACAACACUCAGUCAAAGAAAUUUCGAAUGGAGAGCACUGGUUACCAUCUGUAAUUUGACUACUGGUAGCAUAGUUUUAACUGCAUGUCUUCGAGCACACGGACUUGUUAUUCUUUUCUAUAAAUAUGUGACUGUUACACAGAACUGUCUAUCAAACUUAAUUGUUGAUCGAAUAAUGCCUUAUGUUCAUUGUUUACAUACGCAGCAAUAAAGGCACAUUCCACAUACCAGUAAUUGGUUUUCAGUAUUAUUGAAAUAUUUUUAGGUAAAAAAAUCUUGUACUUGUAAUUAACAGUAAAUCAAAUGAGCUGUUUCUUUAAUGGAUAACUUUAUGUCUAAAUGUCAGCGACCUCUGAUAUAUGUGAAUAAAUGUGUAUAAUUGAAAAUAAUAAAUCUAUUGUAUAAUAUUA